AUUUAUCGCAGCGGUGAAGCAGUUCAAGAAAUGACCUGUUCACUGAUCAGCCCGGGGGAAAAAUGGAGAAACUUUAAGGUAAGCGAAACUGUGAACAAGAAAAGUAAUCUUCCUUGUCUCAAAUCGCAUGUGUUUCAAAGUUCGGAAUCACAGAACUGUUUUGAAGAGCAAGCGAUUAGAGUGCAAAAGCGGAAUUUAUUAUUAAUCACUAAAUUAAAGUUUGUUAAAACUUGAUCAAAAGGUAGACAUCACUGCAAGAUUAGAGAAGCCAGCUGAGAGACUAUACCGCACUAUCGAAUGCCUCUUGAAGCUUCAGUUAAAGAGCUUUCUGAACGAUAAGGUUGGAACAGUUAUGUAUUUAUUGCCUUUGCUUCUCAAUUUCGGAACCUAUAUCAGGAUUAUAUUACUGCCGUUUGCGUUUCGAUAACUUGUUCUCGCCCGUUCAGCGCUCUGUCAAAACCUUGUCGUCAGUUCGCGUUUUCUAUUGCCAAAUUGACCCGACUCUAUUUGAAAAUCUCGUUCGCGCAUGGUGUCGUGGUUAUGAUUCUCGUCUUAGAAAUGGCAACAAAAAAUCUAUUUUUAUUAUUUUAUAUUUUGUUAAUCAGUGGCGACGUUGCGACGGGAGUUCACCACUAAGGAGAAAGGCAGGUUUUUAUCGACAAAUUAAUCAGCCAAACUCUAGACUUUUGUGUAAAGUUAUCAAAAAACUACUGCUAACGAAGUGAGGACACAGAAUCGCACAUACCAAACAUGACAUGUCUCGUUAAAACAAUUUCCAUAUCUUGAAUUGUCGACGUUUUACUGUAGCCCGUAAUUCUCGUUUAUUCAAUGAAAUUAACCCUUUAGGCAAUCGUUCGCCACGUUAGACAAACAUCCGAAGAGCAAAGAACAAACACACACAGGGAGACGAGUGAUCAAAGGUGAAGAUGAUUAACAAACGAUGUAACAAUGAAACGCACAUCAGAUUUGCAGAAAUGAUUUCAAUGACACUCAAUUUUGCCCUAUUUGAAUAUGCAUGUUUAAAAAUUUGUAAACAGUACAUAAUUCAGUGACUCCAAAAAUAGCCUUGAUAAAAUAUUUUAGUCUAAUUCACUAGAGAGGACUAUAUUUAGUCUAAGAUUAACUCUGAUUUCUUCUGCAAACAAAUAACAGUUCAAAGCAUAAAGCGACUAAGGUACAUAAGAUACUCUCAUUUAAAUGCAUUCAUGAAAUGCAUUUAAGAUUCAUAUUGUAUUGACAUCAUGAGAAAAAAAUUCUUCUUGGUCACUCACGGAACUUUAAGGGUUAAAGUCUCCUUUCCAUGCGAUUCUGGGCUCGUCUGGGAGGACUGAAAUAAAUAGAAAGAGAGUGUAGGGAAACAAACUUUAGUUAGGAUCUUCGCUUCCUAGUUUGGCUAAACUUUUAACCAGAUGUAUAAAAUCUUGUUCGUGGUUAAUGCUCUCGCCAUGGUGUAAUCCAACGUGACACGCUGGCUUGGUUUUGCAGAACAACCAGCAAAGAUAUUAAAAUUCAAGCGCUUGUUUUAAGUCUUUCUGACAUAGGGAAAUUUUUAAUGUAUAGUUUCUGACAAGCAAUUUGACAAAUUUCUGACAAAUAAAUGACCGACCUUAAAUUCAAGUUCUAACUUUAUCACCCAAACAGAACAAAUGCCUCUCCAAAAUGCGAGGGAGGGGCGAUUCAGAAUUCAUGCAUGAUACAAUUUUGGACUUUUGCCGAAGAUUUCGACGCGAAAUAUAGAAGUUGAUGUAGGUGUCCACGGUUCAAAUUAAAAUUGCAGCGGUUAUUACCACCAAAAGAGAAACAAACAUUGUGUUCUUCCAGUGAAAUAAGCCUCAAUACAGAAAAUUACUCUCGCAUCGCGGCCACUCUUCGAGCUUUCUACGGGUAAGGAUAAACUGACCUUACAAAAUAACUUUACCUGACGCUAGUUCUUUCUAUAUAAAUUUAAAGAACAAUAAUUUGCGAUGUGAAUCGACGGUUAAAUGAUAAAUUUACCUAAAGUGGUCGGUGAGAUGAAGCCACCUGUAAGAAAAAAUUGAAUAUUUAGCUCUUUGGGCGCAUGUGUUUUUGAUAUCGCGGUUCACUGCAACACAAACAUUCGACUCUGAAUGUUUCACCUCUGCUCAAUUGUUGAACGGCGAAAAUUAAUUGUUCCUAAUUUUUCGUUAAAAGUUCACGCAUUUUAGUUAAGGUGAUAACUUGAUAACUUCUAUUUCAACAUAAUGUCAACGUACAUGAAAACAUAACUGAAAUGUUACAAGCGUUGACAGAGUCUUGUUAAUUAUUAAUUACAUGAAGGAUGUAUUUAGUCUUCAACCAGUCGCUCAAAAGAAACUUGCCGACAAAUCAGCGUUCGUAUAAAGAACAUCGCACAACACAGAACCCUCAAGCAAUCAGCUUUGUAUGUGUCUUUCUGUUCGACGUAGAUAAGAUAACAACUUUCGGUUUGCUUCAGUCCUGCGUGGUUAAACGCCCUAUCAACUGCUGACUAGCAUUAAGAACUGUAUAAAAUAACUGAAAUCAUAACAUCUGAGCUCUGUUUGGUUUACAACCUAUCGUUUCUUGUACUAGUAAAACGAUGACUAUUUUCAAAAUGCAAAUAAGAACUGUAUGAAAUACCUGAAAUCGUAAUAUCCGAGUUCUGUUUGGUUUACAACCUACUGUUUCUUGUACCAGUAAACCGAUGACUAUUUUCAAAAUGCAACUCACCUCACUUACUAUUGGUAAACAGGAGAAUAAGCGCUCUUGGGUGGUUCUCCAAACAUUACGUUCUACCGACAUCCCCCGUAAAUUAAAACGCAGGUUAAUCAUUAGAGAGUGCGGCCAGUUGUUUCAAGUUCCCUUUCUUUGGACGAUGCCAAAAUUCUACUUUUUCUUGUCAGACUUCCUUGCAGCCGCUUUUUUUUUUGUUUGUUUGUUUUAAUAUAUUUUCUUCUUGUUGUUGUUUGUUUGUUUCGGUUGUUUGUUGGGUUUUUUUUUUUUAAGUGAAGGCUGCUCAUCAAAUAUCAAAGAUUAGAAAACCGCAUGACUUUUCUUUUCUAGUUAAAUACUAGAGGAAUUAAAGCAAAAUAUUAUUUUACUUUCCUUUACAGUUACUCCAUUGAAAUUAACUUUCAGUGACUCUCGCAUUACCCGUCACGCAUGAGGUAACGAAAGAUCAUCAUUUUGUCAGUCCCAGGCCCUUCUCCAAAGAUGAAUGCCUUAACCAAUAACAAUGUGGUAACACUUGGAAGUCUCUUGGCUCAAGAUUUACCCCAGGCCUACAUACUUCCUGAAAGACCAUCAACAUUCAACCACAAAGCAAGUUUCGUAAACAGUAGGAGUUACCUCAUCCAUGACUAUUCUCCUAAUAUGACCGCUGAUCACAGAUACCUGAAGGCGAUGAGAGCAUGCCCUGUGGCUGGUAAUGAUCUUCCAAUUUUACUGACAUGCGCUGUUCAUCCUCUUAUUACCGAGGUGAGGUAACUCUGUAUCGAUCCAUUGGAGAACAAUUGGAUAAGAAUUCAAAAAGCAAUUUGUACAAGCCAGAGGUAACAAGAUAGCGCACAGGCGUCUCUACGAAAUCUUAACUUACGUCGAAAUUUAAUUUAGGUCGAACUUUUUCACGAAAAAUUUUGCAAACGGAACUUCCAUCGGUCGUCUAAAGUUUAACUAAAUGAUAUCUUAUCAACCCUUUUCACCCUAACAUCAGCAUGUAUAUUCUCCUUACAGUUCUUUAGCUAUUUACUGUGGUACUGACAAAGAGAAUUUGGUUAAAAAUUAGGAUCUUUUAAAGUUUUCUUUCAUUUCCUUAAUUUUCACAAGCCUAAUGUUUGAUUCAGCAGUAAUACCUUUAUGAGAGACUAGAUGCUAUUCACUCUCAGGGUUGUAUGGUUUAAAGGUUGCACUGCUACACUGGCAAAGUGUCUUUUUCAGUUACUCCAUAAACAGACUGACAAUAGUAACGAAGAUUCUCUCUGUUUUUGCAUUUCCUUUUCCUUUCAGCAUUGGUCUAAAUGGCUGCCUUUCUUUCCGAGACCCGAGAUAAGAAUAUUCGAAAAUGAAGAUACUGGAAAGCGUCCUUUGGUGGUCAAUUUUCCAUUUCAAAGUUUUCCAGCCGAAAAACAUGCCGUGGAUCCCGAUAUCCACUACAUUCUCAGCUCCAAGACCAGAAUUCCAGAAAUGGGAGCACCCUGCCCUCGGUACAUGUCACGUGACAACUACACGCUACCUUGUAUGAUCAAAACUACUCAAGGGGUCGGGGGUAGGGGAGUGUUUCUUGCCCGAUCAAAAGAUCAAGCCCUAGAAGCUUUUCAUGAACUUAAAACGAAUUUCCAUUGUCAUGAACCAGUCAUCACUGAAGUCGUUGAGAACGUUAGCGACUUUUUGAAUGUCCAACUGUAUCUUUUUCAAAAUGGCGACGUUCACUGGUUGGGUGUUCGGCGAAAGAUGGCGGGAAAAUCGUUCUGCGAGCACGGUUUGGUCCCGGAUGUUGAUUGGAACGAGCAAGAGGACCUAAAAAAACUGGCUUGGGAUGUCGUCAAACCGGUAAUGAAAUACCUUAAUAAACAUGGCUACUUCGGUUUCACGGGAGUGGAAAUCUUAAUAAACAACCGAGGCAAGUUCUUAAUCGAUGUCAAUCUGAAGACUUCAGAUUCGACAUAUUUGUUGCUGUUAGCGCCUCAUAUUGCGGAGACUUUGAACUUUCCUGUUUCCAUGGUGUCUGAUCUUCUUCCAACAAGUAUUGACGCUAUGCUUGAAGAAAUAGACAAGUUGAAUUGUGAAGAUGAAGGCAGGGUGAUUGUACUGUCGGGGGAUGUGACAUCGUUCACAAAACCUAUCAAGUCUUGUAUAGUUGUGUUUGCCAAGGACAAAGAUACAGUAUUUCUCUUGCAUAGGAGGCUUAUUCGCUCGUGCGCAUCGCUGAUUUGUAAUGGUGCAGGUGAUCACCACCAAAAUCUGUUUUCAAAUGGAAGAGUUUUGCUAAAAUAAUAAACAUUGUUCUUUAGGAAAUUGAAGCAUGUGAUAUCUUCGACUGUUACUCUUUUAGAAGGAGUAGCCAUUCUGGCACAAUUUGCCACACGGUUUAA